AUGUCAAAAGCUUCCCUCGAUCUGGCUGCCAAGAGGCUGCGCGGUUGCACUGGCAAGAAUCAUGUCAGCGCUGAAGAUAUCCACCCCAAAGGACAACAAGCUUCACGCUUCGGCUUCGACGUCGAAAAACAGAUACCAACAUGUCGCAAGGCCACCCCAUCAGGCUUGUCAGAGAAUGACAGCGAGGUCCUGAGCAAGGUCAAGCGCAGGGCCUACCAGCUGGAUUAUGCUCUAUUUAACUUUUGCGGAAUCCACUUUGGCUGGGGCAGUGUCAUUGGACUCGUCCCACUGAUCGGUGAUGCUAGCGAUACUGCACUCGCGAUCAUGGUCGUGAGAUCCUGUGGAGAAAUUGACGGCGGACUUCCUGCAGACCUACGCCUGAAGAUGAUGGGCAACGUGAUACUCGACCUCCUCAUUGGACUUUGUCCACUCGUUGGCGAUCUUGCUGAUGCAAUAUACAAAGCCAACAUCAGGAAUGCGCACAUUCUUGAAACCUACCUGUGUGGAAAGGAUGCCGAGGGCGCCUCAAAUCAGAGCGAACGACUGGAGCAAUCGGCUGAAGUCGAUCACAGUCUGUGCGAUGCAUUUGUCAGACAAGGCAGGGAGGAUGUGGGAGAUAAGCCUCUGGCAGGCAAAGAUGUACGACUAUCUAGUCUUGGGGCAAUACGCAACGCAGAUCCCGAGGCUUCCACUAGAAUAGAACCCGCCUAA